CGUUAGGUGGCGCAGAGAAACUUUAUUUUCACAGGAAGAAUCACGUGUAAAACGAAAGAUGCCGGAUAAACCUAACAUUAAAGAAGUAAUUAAGGAAUUUUCGUCAUUAACAAAAAAUCUAGAUCAGUAUUUAAGUUCUCAAGCACAGCAUUCUGUAAACUUCAGGAAAGUUGCAAAAACUUUAUAUGAUCUUGGAAAAUGUUCAGAACCUGUAACAAAACAUGUUAUUAAAUCUGCUUUACAAAGAUUAGUAAUAAAAGAUUUUGAUGAGGAGCAGAUCUGGCAACAAAUUGAAUUACAAAAUAAGCCAUUUCUUAGUCAUUUAUCAAAGAAUAUUUCAAUAUUGUCUAAGUCUCAUACUGCUAUUAAAUUAAGAAAUAUACCACAUGAAACCACUGAAAAGAAAGAAAAAUUAUUAAAUAAACUUGGAAAAGAAAAGGUGAAAAGUAGAAGUUCAAAGAAAAAUGAAAUUAAGAAAGUUAGAUUUUUGCCAUCAUUAUCAACAUCUAUUGUUGAUGAUAAGUUCUUUAAAUUAUCAGAACUUGAAGAAUUUUUAAAUAGCGAAGAUUUAAAAGAAUCUAAAGAACAGAGUGAUGAUGAUUCAUCAGAUGAAGAUUUUAUUGAUUACUUUGAAGAUAUCUCAUCAGAUAGUGAUGAUGAAAUAUCAGCUCGAAAUGCUACAUAUAAAGAUUUCUUUGAUAUGCCAAAUAAUGAAGAUAUUCAAGAAGAGGAUAAAACUGAAGAUUUUCAAAUAGAGCAUGAUAAUGCAGAGGAAUAUGACACUGAUGAAGCCCAGGAACAGGAUGAUAAUCCAGAAGAAGAAGAUGAUGAUGAUGAUAUGCCAUCAGAAUCUGAUCAAGAAGAAUCUGAAGGAGAAGAAUUGGAAAAUAAUGAUAUGUAUGAUACAAGAGAUGUGGAUGAUGAAGAAAUGAAUGAUAUAAAAGAAAGUAAAAUAGAAUCUGUAAUAUCAGAUGAAAGUGAUAAUGAAGAUGAAAAAGAUGAACCUGACUUAACAGUUAAAUCAACUUAUCAGAAAGAACAUGAAAAGGUAAAUAUUUUUUAUUGAUAUUUUGAUAGUUAUUUUUUGAAAGUAUUCAAGCAUU